AUGGCGUCUUCCGAGGGGUUAACAAACGUCGAUCCUUGGUUGUAUCGGCAAGGCUUCAACGUAGACUCAUGGUUGCUUCCUGACACCUUCUCUCACGACAGCGAUUUGCUCGCCAGAGCUCUCCACACCACCGUCACAUCAUCCACACCUCACACUCUCUCUCCCUCCUCAGCUUUCUACGAUUCCGCCGCCGUCUCUCAGCCUUCCUCGACUUACACACUCUCCUCCGGUGGAUCCGAUCCUGAAAUCAUCCGCGGCGGAGCUAAACGGAAGCGUAACUGUCUUGAUACCGUUUCAGGCGGUUCACAAGCGAAAUCCACGAAGCGCCGCUCUCGAGCUUCAAAAAAGUCUCAGACCACUUUCAUAACGGCGGAUCCGUCGAAUUUCCGCCAGAUGGUUCAGCAAGUGACCGGCUCCAAGUACGAUACUUCUUCCUCCGUGUUUUUCGCUCCGAUCGUCAAGCCGGAGCCACAUAGGCUUAGUAAUCGACUACCGUGUGUGCCGUCCGAGAAAUCCACGGCUGUUCCAACUCUUGAUACGUCCGCAUUUUUGUCUAAUCAUCACCAGGAGAGCCUCGUCGCGGGAAACGCUUUCUCCGGUAACAACGGCGGCGUUGGACUACCCUCGGCAAAGUUUAAUGCAACAACGGAAGGUGGUGGUGGUGGCUCCGCCGUGGAGUUUGACACUUACCCAACUUUCCCGACGCUUGAGUCGUGGAAAGUUAUGUGA